GUGAUUGUGAAGGAUCCACCUCCAGCUUCCCAGUGUGUCCCCUCUGCGGGUUGGAUCCCGGUGCCGGCUUGGGGGCGGGGCUGGGGGCCUGAAUGGGCCCCUUGUCUCAGCGCUGGGUGUGGGCCAGGCUCCCCCGGGCACACAGUGCCCUCGCCAGGCCUGGCUGGCCUCUGUGGCUUCCACCCUCCUCUGGCUGAGGACCGGCCUUGUGGGUGAGGGGGGCCCCUCCCCGACAGCCUAGGCUGGGCUCCUGCCACAGGCAGCAGAGGCAGGUAGGGAGAAGGACCCCAUCUAGUGGGGAAGGGGGGAAAGCGGCAGCCUCUGUCUCAGAGCAGCUUGGCCCCAGACUAAAGGGGACCUGCGUGGACAGUGGGAUACCGGAGGCCGCCCCAGGUUGGACUUUCCAUCCUAUAGCUCCCUAGAUUGAUGACCUUGGGCAGGUUUUUUGUGUUUUCUGCAUCUCUGCUUCCUCUUGGGUAAAAUACCUACCAGAGGGCUGCGGGGGUGAUGACGUGACAUCAUAUGUGGGGACUGUCCGGUGAAUACCGGGCGCUUGGCAAAUGUUGAUUUCCCUUCCCUGCACCUGCGAUAAGGCAGGCUGAGGGCGCAGGGAUUGGCUCCGUGGGUCCUGGAAGGGCCUCGGGGGUUGGGGUCAGGGCCAGGCAGGCUCUCACAAUGGGCUAGAACUCUGCCUUCCUCUGAGUUCUCAUCCACUUUGACUCCUCUCCCUGUCUCAGGGAGGGGAGGUAGGACUUAGGAUGAGUUGUCAGUGAAAGCUUUCCCCCUGGAUUCUCCAUUUCUUUCUUCUCGGCUGUGCCUGAAGCCCCCAAGAGACCCCUCAGGUGGUGGCCACUGGCCUGCAGCCUGUUCCCUUCCACCCUUGGUACCACGUGCUUGUCCUGCUCCCUACUUGGUGCUCAUGUAUUGGGAGAAAUGGCUGCAGUAAUGAGGUUCUUCCGAUGGAUUUGGCGAAAGAUUACUCGCUGGGUUUUCUUCUGGAAACACAAAGCUAAGUCCACCGUCUUGGAACACUCUGACUCCCAGAAAAGUGUAGUGAAGGUGGAGAAGACUCCCAAAGUGACUGACACGUUCAGGUUGGUUGAGCCUUGCGAGGAGGCUAAGGUCUCCAAGACCGGGGAGACCCCCAAGGCAGCUGAUGCCUUCACGGUGGUCAAAUCAGCGGAUCAUGCCGAGGUGGAGAAGAAACGUGGGGGCAGAUCCCUGCUGCAGCUGCCCCGGACAGCUGUCAAGUCCGUCUCCACACUCAUGGUCUCGGCCCUGCAGAGCGGCUGGCAGAUGUGCAGCUGGAAGUCCUCUGUGAGCUCUACCUCCAUUUCCUCCCAGAUGAGGUCUGGGUCCGCUCUGGAGACGCCGGAGGCUGAGAUGCUGCGGGAAGUCUACCUGGUGCUGUGGGCCAUCCGGAAACAGCUGCGACAGCUGGCCCGCAGGCAGGAGAGGCGGAGGCGGCGCCACAUCCGGGCCCACAGUGUCCCCCAACCUGAGGCAGUUCAGGGCCUGAAACAGGAUGCCCGGAGUCCCCUCUAGGGGGGGACCCUACAUCCUCCAAAAAGCCCCCACCUCACUGUUAGGUAAGGUUGAUAGGAGAGGUUAGGGCAGCAGGCCGGGAGUUGUGGGUGAGGAGAAGUUUUCAUACUGUCACCUCUCAUCAGGACCCCAAGUCCAGGCCUGGGGUCCCACUUAUUCCCCUUCAUUCCAUUUAUUCAAUUUGUUAAAAAAAAAAAAAAAAGUUAUCAAAAUAUUGGGAACUAAAUAUCAAAUAUUUCUGAGU